UUUAUACUAUUUACUAUUGUAGAGGGUGAGUCUAAAACUGUCCGUUUAGUCUCAGCAGGUUUCUGCCCUUCCGCCGUCGUCCCCAUGAUUCCUCCUCCUUCUCUCCACGUUCACAGUCGGUCGGUUGUCUCCUUCCCCAACCAUUCAAUUGGUUUCCUUGAAAAUCGGUUUUAUUGAAGAACUGCAAUACACUAUUGCUAGAAAUCAACCACUUCCCGUUAACUGUACUGGAUUCAUAGCUCCACAGAAAAAACCUUUCUUCUCCACAUUCGCAAUUCUUCGUAUUUCUAAACCGUCUAAGCAAUUACCAUAGGCGACUAUAUAAUCUCAGGCAGACAACCGAUCUUGCUUACUGAAAAUUGAAGAUUGAUUGAAGAUAAGGGCUUGAACCCUAAUUUCAUUUCUUCAUAUUACGAGCUCUAUCUCCUGUUGUGCCUCCUAUAUCUCCAUGGUCGUCAUCAAUGGCGGACUUUUCUUCAGGAGCGACUCCAAAAGAGGGGAAAUGAAAUGGAACCAGAAUAUUUACAAUGUGCAGCAACUCAAGCUUGUCACAGAACACUGGUUUGACAACAAUGGUGGCAAUGGAGGUUGCAGUGGCAGUGUCGGCAGCGGUGGUGGCCACCGCGGCGGAAGUGGCAGUGGCGGCAGCAGUGGUGGCAAAGGCUCUGGACGUGGUGGUGACCGCUGUGGUGGCUCUUAUAGUGGUGGCGGCCACCGCAGUAGCGUCGCUGAGAAAUUAUUUGCUGAUUAUGCUCUACCGCUCGGGAGAGUUGAGGUGGGAGACAUUGUUGCACCACGGGCAGGGCUGCAUAAAGGCAAACAUCAGAGGGUUAUCAAUAUCGAAGUGGAUAGCAAGUCCGCUGCUUUGGAGAUCAUUAAGAAAAAGCCGAAGGGUAGCAGUUGUGGUACCAAGGUUAAACGCCACCGUGGUGGUCCUGGUGAUGGAGGUGGAGGCCAUGAUGAUCAUGGUGGUUUCAGUGGAGGAGAUGUCAAACGUUGCAAGCUUCACUAA